GGGUUUCCACGUUAAAUCUUGGUGUUCGUUUAUCGCUUGAUUGAUUGCUUGUUGUUGUGUUUGCUAUUCUUGAUCGGUCAUAUGAUUUUGCCCAUUUUGACAACACAAAGACGGGAAAAUUAUUUAUUGCUUCCGCUAGAAAAUUGAGGUGAUUUUCCCAACAAUUGGUAUCAGAGCUUGAGUCAUAUUUUUUGGUGAUUUUCUUGUGUUGUUAAAAUGGAAGAUAAAGCUGUUUUGGGGGAAUGCUUAAAUUGACCUCCUCCAAUUAUCAAAGUUGGAAACCCAUGAUGGAAGAUUUUUUAUAUAUUAAGGACUUGCAUGAACCGAUCUUGAAUAAGGAGAUGUCAAGCGGUAAACAAGAAGGUACUUGGAGAUUGCUAUUGGGAAGAAGUGAAGAAGGUGCACCAAUGAGAACGGUUUCAAGCCAAGCAAGAUGGGGUUAUAUCCUUGCUUGAUGAUCGUGGUCAUUCCCUGGUAAAGUUGCAUGGAAGCAAGCGAGCACCCAAGAGCAAUCGGGUGUUCAAGUUGAAGAGAAGAGAGCUUUGCUCACAACCCACGGAUUUGGCGCAGUUGGUUGUGAAAGAAAAACAGAGAAGAAAUGGGGUGAGAGCCGAGAGAAGGAAGAAGGGAGAAAAGAAGAGGUGCAGCAUGGUUUUGUGCUCCGAUCGAUGACCAAACGAGCUCCGAUUGGGAUGAAAUUUUAGUAUGUUGUUCCUCACUUCCUCUUCUUCAUAUCCAACGGUGGGAUUGUUGUUUUGACCUCUCGAUGUCGGUAAAAUCGCCUCUGUUUACUGCUGCGUUUUUAUUGGGGAUUUCUCACUUUUGAGUGAAGAUCAUUGUUGUUUGGUGUUCCAAGUUAUUACUUGAUGAUUGUGUAUACCUCUAAUUGAUUUAGAGAGGAUUCUUGGUGUACCCACUGAUUUUCUUGGUGAUUAGUGGAAGGCUUCGUGGUUUUUUUCCCGAUUUGGGGUUUCCACGUUAAAUCUUGGUGUUCGUUUAUCGCUUGAUUGAUUGCUUGUUGUUGUGUUUGCUAUUCUUGAUCGGUCAUAUGAUUUUGCCCAUUUUGACAACACAAAGACGGGAAAAUUAUUUAUUGCUUCCGCUAGAAAAUUGAGGUGAUUUUCCCAACAGAUGACGAGAGAGUGAAGAAGACUAAGAAAAACUAAUAGCUCAAUGCCGAAAUAUGAUCCUAAAUACAUCAGCUAAAAAAAUACUUAUUUCAACAGUUGGAAAAUGCUUAUUUAGAAUGUGAAAAAAAAAAGGAGUGACGCCUGGGAAAAGAAAACAACAAUGCUUUCUUGCAAACCAAUCUUCUCUAAACAACCCUCUUCUCUGUUCUUCACAUCUAUAGUCAUCUUUUUUAUUUUGUCUACACUUGGUGAAGCUUCUGUAAUUGAUUACAUUGAAUCCUCCUCCCCCUUCAUCCCAGGUGGGUUUGUUUGGAGCCAAAAUGGAGCCGUUUCAAGGGAAAGCGAAGGAAGUACCCUAAGGAAUGCCCACAAUGGUGGUGUGAGUGUGAGUGAGAGUUCUUCAUCCUUAGUACUUGCUGCAGACAGAACACACAGAAAAGAUCCAUCUGACAACUUAAAAUACUAUACCGGUGGAUGGAAUAUCAGCAAUGAGCAUUACAUCUAUUCUGUCGCAUUUACCGGUGCUCCACUUUUCUUCAUUGCUGCGGUUUGGUUUUUGGGUUUUGGCCUUACAUUACUAUUGAUUUGUCUUUGUUGCUGCUGUUGUCGAAGAACUCCCAAUGGUUACUCUCUGAGUGCUUAUGUGCUUUCACUUAUCCUUCUCUCCUUAUUUACCAUCGCUGCAAUCAUUGGUUCCGCGGUUCUGUAUACCGGACAAGACAGGUUUCACAGUAGUACAAAGGGCACACUAGACUUUGUUUUGGCGCAAGCAGAUUCAACCGUAAACAAGCUGAGAAAUGUGUCGACCGUUCUGGCUAUGGCCAAAAGCACGGGCAUUGCUCAAAUAUUUCUACCCAGAAAUGUUCAAAGCGACAUUGAUAAGGUUGAUAGGACCAUCAAUUCUGCUGCUGACACUCUUGAAACUGAAACGAGGAAGAACAAGAAGGACAUCCUACAUGUUCUUGACCUUGUGGGACAGAUUCUCAUAGUUUUAGCUGCUGUUAUGCUUGCCUUGGCUGCUCUUGGUUUUCUUUUUUCUCUCCUUGGCCUCCAGUCUCUUGUCUACAUUCUUGUUUUCACGGCAUGGAUUCUCAUUGCCGCCACAUUGAUCUUGAGCGGGGUGUUUGUGCUCUUACAUAAUGUGGUGGGAGACACGUGCGUUGCCAUGGACGAAUGGGCGAAAAAUCCCAAGGCUCACACAGCAUUGGACGAUAUCAUUCCGUGUGUCGACCCUCAAGCUGCUCAAGACACACUGUCUCAGAGCAGAGAGGUAACAUACGCAAUGGUUUCAGUUGUUAACCGCAUCAUAAGCGACGUGUCCAAUGUCAACAUGCCAUCCCUUUCGCCUCUUUGGUACAACCAAUCUGGUCCCUUGGUGCCCAGUCUCUGCAACCCGUACGACUCCGACAAGAGAGACCGAAAGUGUGUGACUGGGGAACUCAACUUUGAAAAUGCAACCCAAGUUUGGAAGAAUUACGUGUGUGAGGUUUCAGCAGACAACAUGUGCAGCAGGGUGGGGCGCUUAACGCCGGAUUUGUACAGCCAGAUGAAAGAUGCAGUGAAUGUGAGUGGGGGUUUGUACCAAUACGGUCCAUUCUUAACUGAUUUACUCGACUGCACGUUCCUCCGAGGCACAUUUAACGCGAUACACGACCACCAUUGCCCAAACCUGUGUCGGUUCAGCAAGUGGGUCUACAUUGGGUUGGCUCUGGUUUCUGCUGCGGUGUCCCUUUCGCUCAUCUUCUGGGUGAUCUAUGCCAGAGGAAGGAAACACCGUAAGUAUUACGCCGAACUUGAGGAUGCCAGAUCCGGGUCCGGUUCCCCAUUCCCGGCGGGCAAAUGAUGUAAAUAGUUUAAUAUGCAAUAGGAGUCCUUAUGAAUUAUAUCAUACUCAAGAAAAAGUCAGUGCAGUUUUGGUAGUAUAAGAACAAUGAGAUCAUAAUGAUUCCAUGAUCAUUAUUGUUGAAAUUAAGUCCCAUUUAGCGUGUCUACGUUGUCGAGCCUUUUGAAGGCAACGUUUACACCGAAUAUGGGAAAAUUCC